CCUGCUGCCAACAAUGGCGUCCGCCGAUCUGAGAGACGAGCUGAACUGCUCCAUCUGCCUGGACAUCUAUACAGACCCCGUCACCCUGAGGUGCGGACACAACUUCUGCCGGGGGUGCAUUAAAGACGUGCUGGACACCCAGGAGGGCUCUGGAGUUUAUACCUGUCCUGACUGCAGAGAGGACUUCCUCGAACGUCCGGCCUUGAGGAGAAACACAACUCUGAGUAACAUUGCUCAGCACUUCCUCUGUACUCCACAACAGGAAGGGCCUGGGAUCUUCUGCACCUUCUGUGAUGUGCCAGUCCCAGCCGUUCGCUCCUGUGUGCAGUGUGAGACCUACAUGUGCCACCAUCACUUGAUGAAGCAUGAUCGGUCAGUAGAACAUACCUCAACUCCACUCAAUCCCUCUCCAAAGAGUAGAAAAUGUGUUGUCCACCACAAAGCCUUGGAAUAUUACUGCUACAUGGAUUCCGUCUGUGUCUGUGCACAAUGUUGUCUUUCUAGGCAUUGUGGACAUAGAGUGGAACCAAUGGAGGAUGCUCUUCAGAUGAGGAAAGAGAACAUGAGGAAUGUUCUGCAGAAACUCACAACAAAAAUUGAGAAGACUGAGAAAAGAGUCCAGAGUCUGCAGAAGAAAGAGCAAAAUGUUCAUGAAAAAGCAAAUGAUUUAACCGAGAGGGUCAGGGUCAUGCUCGUAGAUAUAAGGAGACAACUAGAAGACCUUGAGAAGAAGGUCCUGAAUGAUAUCUCCAGGCAGAAGGAACAGGUGUCAUUGUCAGUCUUGGACUUGAUCCAACAAAUGGAAAUUAAAAAGAGUGAAAUGACAAGGAAGAUAACCUACAUGACGGAGCUGUGUAACAUGACUGACCCCAUAUCUGUUCUGGAGGACUCACCAGGAGAUGACUUUUGGGAUACUGCGGUGGUAGCAAAUGAAGAGAAAGGUUUGGAAGAUAAGCUUUAUAGGGUAGGUGAUCUGGAUGAAGGUCUGAUUUCAGAGAUGUUUGAAGAAGUGCUAUCUGACAUCAUGACCGGUGUAAAGACAAGGCUCAGAGGUCCAGGGUGGACAGGUCUACUGGAUGUUAACACGGCUGGAACAGUCCACCUAUCAGAUGACUUGAAAACUGUGACCUGGUCCAACGGAACCCAACCCUAUCCAGGAACCCCUGAGAGAUUCCAGUACCCACAGAUCCUCAGCACUAAUAGCUUCCAUACAGGCCAACAUUACUGGGAUGUGGAGACCAGUAAAACUGGAAGGUGGAGGGUAGGGAUGUGUUAUCCCAGCAUGGACCGGACAGGAGAUCAGUCAUAUAUCGGGGACAAUGAGAAGUCUUGGUGUCUGCGAUGGCAAAAAAAUCUAUACUCCGUCCUCCAUGACAAUGUGGAGACUGUGCUAUCACUGGAGCCUUCAUGUCAUACAUUGAGAAUGCGCCUGGACUAUGAGGCCGGGCAGCUGACAUUUUAUGAGCUCAGUGACCCCAUCAGACACCUGCACACCUUCACCACCACCUUCACCGAGCCCCUCCAUGUUGGAUUUCGGUUAUAUAAGUCGUGGGUGAAAAUUAUUGAUCCUGAAUGAGAUGAAGAUAACAAGGUCAUCCAUGAUGAAAGUAUGUGCUUUAUGAUAGAUGUCAGGACAUUGACUGUCCACCUACCACCUCGAUGAGGGUCUCAAGUGUGGCACCAGUCCCACCAGAGGGCAGCAUAUCACUUUUAUCCAGGGCUGACUGGAGAUGGACAGACCCACCAUGACUGGCUAGGUUCUGACUGGUGAGGAUUUUGAGGUCUACCAGAAGAGCACAUCUACUGACUUCUGAGACAUAAAAGUAAGAUGAGCCCCACAGUCCCUUCUCUGAUGAGCCUGAGGGGCCCCAGUCAGGUAGUGGUAUUGAUGCCGCCCUUGGACCCUCUGCAGAGUGACUACUGAUAGCAUUACACUGCACUAAUGAUGGCGUCUCGUGAGUCCACCAACGUGUGAGCUCCUUCUGCGUUAUCUGCAAGAUGUGAUGUAUGAAAUCUCUGAAAAUAAAG